GAUCGUGAGAGGAUAUGCAGAGAAGAAUGGGAGAAACUCCCCAAAUACAGGUCAUUAUUUGGAGGUAUUCAAUCGGAAGCUAAAGAAGAACGAGCUAAUUUUGAAGGAUGAGCUGAAACUGCUUCUACACCUAUGCCAAUCUACAGCCAGAGGUGCCAUCUACAGGUACCACGAAGAUAACAGUAAUGUAGCAUUUGGAGAGUUUAAGUUUGGUCCCCUGUUCAUGAGGCUGUGCUAUGAGCUGGGGCUGGAGGAAAUGGCUGCUGCUACUCUGACAGACAAGGACAUGAGAGGAUUCUUUUCGGACUAAACUUCCUUCAAUAUUGCCAUAGACAUGUUGUUUAUGAAAGGAUUAUAUGAGAGUUCUCUGGAUGUACUAAGAGACAUGAAGAACCAAGGUAUGCCAUUCAACAAGGACACAUUCACACUAGCAACUGGUACCUGCUAUAAACUGAAUACCCCAGAGUCCUAUAGAAUCUGUACUGCCCUGAUAGAGGAGGAACAGACCAAAGGACACAUUAUGCCCAGACAUGCCUACUGCUUCACUGUGGCUCUACCACUUAGACAGAAUGAUGUUGAAAAAGCACAAUCCAUGUUCUGUCAGAUUAUGAGCACUGACAGCAGAAUAUGUCAAUAUCUCAAAGUGCUGAUACUGGCUAUGGCAGGAGCUGUGAAAGAAUCACUCUCUGUCUUGACCUUAGCUUUGGGAUCCAGCAGCCCUGCAUUUAUAAAGAAGCCUGAAUUCGCACAGGAAGUGGUGGACCUGGUGCGUCUUCGGAGCGAGGACAGUCCUCUGAUGGCGAGAGUGGAGCAGGCAGUGUCCCACCUCCAGCAGGCAGGUCAGGUGAAUCAACGAAACGUGGACGAGAUGUUGUGUCAUACCCCCAUGGGGAAGAAGAGGAUGCCCAUGGGGAUAAUGGACGAGAGACGGAUCAGCCGGAGGACUCUGAGGCCUCUGCAGUCCACUCUGUUGUCAGAGUGAAUGGGACUAGGUGUAUCUCUCAGCGUGUUUGAGGGGAUCAAGGUGAGGCGCAGAAUUGUGAAUCUUGAUCAGGUACUGAGUAGGUUUUUGGGAGGGGAUUUGCAGAUCAGUGAUUCUGCGCAGUCCAAGUGCAAUGUAGUCGAUUUUAAACAAACAUUGUUUCAUUCUAAACUCUGCCUUAAUUGUACCAGUCCCUGUCACAGCCAUGGGGUCUUCUCUCACACCACCCAAGCAAGGCUGAACAGAUGUCACGAUCGUCAAAGGGAGAGAGAUUGGACCAAGGCGCAG